CACAAUGGCAACGCGGUAAUUACACAUCACCCGGCCUUCUUUUAUUUAUUGCCUCUUCGUUCCCAAGAUCGCAUCUCCCUUCGUUGAUCGCAGGCUUCAUUUCUCCCUCCGUCUCUCUACAGAUCCCUCUUUCGUUUCAGGGAUUAGCAGCAAAAGGACAGAUGGGGCUCACAUUCACCAAGCUCUUCAGCAGGCUUUUUGCCAAGAAGGAGAUGAGGAUUCUUAUGGUUGGUCUUGAUGCAGCUGGUAAGACGACCAUAUUGUACAAGCUCAAGCUGGGAGAGAUAGUUACUACCAUCCCCACUAUUGGUUUCAAUGUGGAGACUGUUGAGUACAAGAACAUUAGCUUCACUGUUUGGGAUGUUGGGGGUCAGGACAAGAUCCGUCCAUUGUGGAGGCACUAUUUCCAGAACACACAAGGUCUUAUUUUUGUCGUGGACAGUAAUGACAGAGAUCGUGUUGUGGAGGCAAGGGAUGAGUUGCAUAGGAUGUUGAAUGAAGAUGAGCUUCGUGAUGCAGUGUUGCUUGUGUUUGCUAACAAACAAGAUCUUCCAAAUGCCAUGAAUGCUGCUGAGAUAACUGAUAAGCUUGGCCUCCACUCUCUCAGGCAGCGCCACUGGUACAUCCAGAGCACCUGUGCAACCUCAGGAGAGGGGCUCUAUGAAGGGCUUGAUUGGCUCUCCAACAACAUCGCCAACAAGGCCUAGGCUGUUGGAAAGCGCGAGGGAAUUCUCUCCUCUUUCUCUCUCUCUCUCUGGAUGCAUGCGGUGUUUUAUCUGGGUUUUUUUACUCAAGUCUGGUUGUGAACGUCAUCCCUUUUAAAUGGGCAUUUUGAAUUUCAUUUUUUGUGUAGUAUAAGAUUUGAAUAUAUGUAAUGUCAUGGCAUGGCUAGAUUUGACCACAAUGGUGUAUUAACUCACAUGGUUUUUUAUUAUGGUGCUUUCACUCAUGCUGGUGUGGUUGAGAAUUCCCUUCUCGUUUCCUUUUUUAGCUCUACCUUCUUCCAUGAACCGGUUUUCCCAGGCUGGCCUGGUGAUUU